AUGACGGGAUCCUCGUCGUUUGAAGAGUUGCUGUGCCGGGAAACCUGUGAAACCUGUGCACUUUUCCGGGGGAGGGAAGAGGAUGUCGUCAUUCUUUCGCGGACCGGAUUUUUCUCCCUUCCACGAGGGAACGCUCCUCGAGUCCGGCAGACUACUGCUGUUGACCCACGGGGGACCGGUCCCUGUGUCCGGAGACUUCCCGUUGACCACCGAGGGACAUCAUCAACGAGUAAAACCCAGGGCAAGCUCCCUGAAGUCCCCCCGUACCUGCAGGAUCUCCUGCAGCGCACGUUGCAGAAUCUUGAGGAGCCGCAGAAGCGAAGAUUCACGGAGCAUCUACGAGAUUUUCGGGAAGCGUUCGCUAGCGGACCUGAGGUCGUCGGACAUUGUUCGAUGACCUCACACAAAAUUGAUGUUGGAGGUACCGCCCCGAUAAAACAAGCCGCACGGAGGCCACCCCUAGCCUCACGGGCAGAAGUCCUCAAAUUAGUGAGCGAUAUGCAAAAGAAUGGGGUAAUUGAGCCUUCUUCGAGUCCGUGGGCCUCCCCGAUCGUUUUGGUUUCCAAGAAAGAUGGAACUAAGCGAUUCUGCGUUGACUAUCGUAGGCUCAACGAUGUCACGAAGAAAGAUUCGUAACCGCUCCCCCACAUUGAGGAUCUUCUUGAUGCAGUUUCGGGCGCAAUCUGGUUUUCGACGAUUAAUCUCCAGAGCGGUUAUUGGCAGGUCGGAAUGGCCGACGAGGACAGGGAGAAAACAGCGUUCAACGCCGGAGUCGGGGGAUUCUGGCAGUUCAAAGUCAUGCCCUUUGGCUUAUGCAACGCUCCGGCUACUUUCGAAAGGGUUAUGGAGAAAACAUUGGAGGGCCUAACCCCGAAAAUCUGCCUCGUCUACUUGGACGAAAUCAUUAUCUUCUCGAGGACCUUCGAGGAGCAUCUGGAGAACCACAAAGCAGUUUUCCAGCGUCUGCGUCUCGCUGGACUCAAAAUGAGUCCGAAGAAAUGUCACCUGUUCCAGAAGGAGGUGAAUUUUCUUGGACACGUCGUGUCUGCGGAUGGCGUUAAGACGG